AGGCAGCAAGUCGCUCCACUCAUGACAAAACCUUCCAUCUUCACUCGCCGUGUUCUUGGUAGCUGUAAUCAUGUUCCCCAGGGUCAUUCUGAAGGCAACUAUGAUCAAAAAGUCUCAGCAAAAGAAAAGAACAUCACCAUGUAACUACAAGGAAAGAUUUUUUGUGUUAGACACUGAAGCCCUGACGUAUUCGGAGCGGCGCCCGGGGAAAAAACCCAUGCCGAAGGGUUGCAUUGAGCUGUCCAGAAUAAAGUGUGUGGAGAUUGUGUGCAGUGAUGUCCCCAUUCCAUGCAACUACAAGUACCCUUUUCAGGUUUUUCAUGGCAACCAUUACCUCUACGUUUUUGCCCCUGACAACGACUGCCGUCAGAGAUGGGUCAGAGCUCUCAAGGAGGAGACCAAGAACAACAACUUGGUUGCAAAGUACCACCCAAACUUCUGGAUGGAUGGAAAGUGGAGGUGCUGCCAACAGGCGGAGAAGCUGGCAGCAGGUUGUCUUCUAUAUGACCCCGUCGGCUUUGCAUCUAAAAAGCCACUUCCCCAACUCCCAGAUCCAGAGAUGGUGCUGCAGGAUUCAGGGGUGCAGAUGGUCAUCGCUCUGCAAGACUACACACCACUGGGAGACGACGACUUACCUCUUCAGAAAGAUCGGGAGUAUCUUCUGAUCAACAGCUGCCACUCGGACUGGUGGUCUGUGCAGGAUGACAGGGGGAACAUAGGUUUUGUGCCAUGUACGUACGUGGCUGAAAAAUCUGGCAACAACUUUGAAAGAUUUGAAUGGUACAACAAAUACAUCAACAGAGCGGAAGCAGAAGAUUUAUUAUUGAAAGAGGGAAAAGAAGGAGCCUUCAUGGUGCGAGACUCAAGACAGGCGGGAGUCUACACGGUGUCCGUUUUCACCAAAGCACCGGGCUCCAACGGAGAGAAGAAUCCCAGAGUGAAACAUUACCAGAUCAGACAGACGGAAAGUGAGGAGAGAGCGUUUUACUUGGCGGAGAAGUACCUGUUCAGCACCAUUCCUGAACUGGUCCACUACCACCAACACAACGCUGCCGGUCUGAUAACUCGACUGAGACACCCCGUCUCACAAGGGGGAUGCUGCUCCCAGGAAACUGCUGAUCUCUCCGAAGUUCAGUGGGAGAUCGACCCCGAGGAGCUGACCCUGGGGCAGGAGUUGGGCAGCGGGCAGUUCGGACUGGUCCUGGAGGGGACAUGGAGGGACAGGAUGGUGGCAGUGAAGAUGAUGAAAGAAGAGUGCAUGUCACUCGACGAGUUUAAAGAGGAGGCGAAAAUUAUGAUGAGACUGUCUCACUGUAAGCUGGUCCAGCUUUACGGGGUGUGCACCCAGCACUCCCCCAUGUGUCUGCUGUUUGAGUUCAUGGAGAACGGCUGUCUGUCAGACUACCUGCGGGACAGGAAAGGCCAACUGUCUCAGGAUAUAAUGUUGGGAAUGUGCUUGGAUGUCAGUGAAGGAAUGGCUUACGUGGAGAGCUCCAACUUCCUGCACCGGGAUCUGGCUGCCAGAAACUGUCUUGUCACAAGCAACAAUGAGGUGAAGGUAUCCGAUUUCGGCAUGACCAGGUUUGUCCUGGACGACCAGUACACGAGCUCACAGUGCUCCAAGUUUCCCGUCAAGUGGUCGGCCCCGGAGGUGAUCAGAUUCUCCAAGUACAGCAGCAAGUCUGACGUCUGGUCCUUUGGUGUGCUCAUGUGGGAAGUGUACAACGAAGGCCGUCUCCCGUACGAGAACCGCUCUAACACGGAGGUGGUGGAGUCUCUGAACGCAGGCCUGCGGCUGCUGAAGCCCCGCUUGGCCCCAGAGUCCGUCCACGUGCUCAUGGAGUGGUGCUGGAAGGAGAAAGCAGAAGAUCGUCCGUCUUUUGCUCUCCUCCUGCACGAGCUGGCCACCCUCUCGGAUCUGUGAGCCGGAGAUCUGAGGCCGUUGCAACCACAGCUGUAUUUAUAUUAUUUAUUUUUCAAACAAUAACUUGUUACAUACCAAGUGUUUCUGAUUUUCAUUGUGUUUCUUCUUUCCAAAAAUCACCACAAGUUCCUCAUGUAAAAGUGAAAUGCUGGUCAGAUGCUGUGGUCAACUUACCACAGAGAUGUACAAGCCCCGCCUUUCUAAGCGUUCGACUGAAGGUUUCUGUUCAUUUCAGUCACUUUGAGGAGGGGAACGGUGCCUCUGUUGAAAUAAAAGUUCCACAUUUGUGCUCCCCACUUCUGAGGUACAAAAAAAGAGAGCGUGAUUUAAAAACCAAGAGGACAUAAAGACAAAGACGGUCGGAUCUCUCACACUACCUUGCUAUUAUGAAUGAAUCCCAUGUUUUAAGAUGCAAGGUUACACCAAACAUGCCACAAAGGGUCAUAUUAUGUUUGUUUUUUGUUGAAUCUGCACUUUAAUUGUUUAUGAUUGUGUAAACAGUUAUUGAAAACGCUUUUAAAGUCCACUCACACUGCCAUUGUGCCAUAACUGUGUAUAGGUUUCACAUAUUGUACAUCGUCUUUACUUCAUUUAACAGAGCGGACGGUUGUAAGUGAGCUC